AUGGCGUUUCCCGUCAAGAAAGCCCUUUUCGACUGCAUUGAUCGUUUCCAUGAUGGACCAACGGUGGUUUCUGCCCAGUACAUGCAAGUUAUCCAGAAGAAGAUGAAAUGCCGCAACACUGUUGGGUGCCUGGCAUUUUGCAGAAACCUCGAGGGCGAUAAGCUGAACCUCAAGGCUGCUAUGUCGACUCAGCCAGUCCGCAGAAAGCCGAUUUUCCAGUCGCUGCUCGGAAGUCAGGAGAUACGCUUGAGUGAUCCAAAAGCCACUGAAACAGACCCCGUGGAUCCUGCUGGCCAGCUGCGGCGUGCCACACGGAGUGGCCUCCAGGGCCAGCUGCUUCAUCAAUAUUGA